CGCCGGCAGCGGGGCCGCGCGGGGCGGGGACGGGGACGGGGACGGGGACGGCGGGGCCGGGGCUGCACCGGGCCCGGCCUGACCCGACCGAGCGGGAGCGGCCGGGGCCCGGCCCAGGUACGGCAUCGGCAUCGGCACCGGCACCGGCGCGUCACCGCGGCCCCACCGGAGCUCGACGGCCCCGGCCGCUCCCCACAGGCGGCCCUGCGGCCGAUGCCCCGUCCCCCUGCCCGCGACGCGGGGUCGCUGCCGGCCCGGCGCAACAUUCAGCCACCGCCGUCCCUUCCCGCAGGUUACGCCGUCACCAAGCCGGACAUCCUGGCCGAGGUGGAGCGAGGGGAGGAGGCGGCGGCAGCGGGGCGCUACGGGGAGCACCGGAGCCCCCAGCCGCGUGCGGCGCCCGCCGGCCCCUCCCAGGGGCACUGGCUGGGCAAGGAGGUGAAGAGCGAGGAGGGGGCGUCCCCGCCGCCGGGCUCCCCCCUGUCCCACCGUGCCGGCCCCGGCGACUUCCCCGCCCCACUGCGGGAACGGGGCUGCAGCUACUGCGGCGUCCCCGAGCCGGAGCCGAAUCCCGGUGCCGGUAACGGGGGAUUCGUCCCCCCGCCGCACGCCUUUGAGAGCCGCCGUUGCCGACCGGGGGAGCCGCCGCUCGAGUGCGCCGAGUGCGGCCGAGGCUUCGGGCAGAAGCCGGACCUGGUGCGGCACCGGCUGGCACACGGCGGGGAGCGUGUCUACGCCUGCGGCCGCUGCGGGAGAGGCUUCGCCGAGCCAGCGAGGCUGGGGGCCGCCGUCAGCCCCUGCCGCCCUGCCCACUGCGCCGGCCGCUCCCCGGGGAUGGGAGAGGGGGGGACGGCAGCACCGCGGAAGGAGCGGAAGGAGCUGUCGCUGACAGAGAAGGUGCGGGUGCUGGAGAUGCUGGAGGGCCCCAAGGUGUCGCAGAGCGAGCUGGCCAAGCGCUUCGGGGUGUCGCAGCCUCAGAUCUGCCGCAUCAUCAAGAACAAGGAGCGGAUCCUGAAUGAGUGGCACCGCAACGGCGACCCCGAGCGCAAACGCAAGCGGGAAGGGAAGGACGCAGCGCUCGAGGCCGCCCUGCUGCGCUGGGUGGAGGGCGCCCGUGCCACCGACCUGCCCGUCAGCGGCCCGCUCCUCCAGCUCAAGGCCAAACACCUCGCCGAGGCGCUGGGCCGGCCCGACCCCGAGCCCAGCGGCGGCUGGCUGGCUCGUUUCGGGGCGCGCCACAACCUCACCUUCAAGAAACCGCUGGCGGAGAAAGGGGACGCGGAACAGCCCACGGCCGAGCACUGGGCCGGUGUGGUGCUGCCCGGCCUCCUCCGCAGCUACGUGCCCUCCGAGAUCUACGUCUGCGGGGAGACGGGGGUCCUCUUCCCAGCCGCCUCCCCCGGCAAUGGCGAGAGCGCCGGCGACCGGCUGACGCUCCUGCUCUGCGCCAACGCCGACGGCUCGGAGAAAGUCCCGCUGCGGGCGGUGGGGGAGAGCCCCCGGCCCCGCUGCCUGCGUGGCGUCAACCUGGCGCAGAUGCCUUGGAGCUACCGCGGCGGCAGCCCGGCCGGCGUGACGGCCCCCCUCUUUGCCGAGUGGCUGCGGGAGUUCAACGAAGGGAUGCGGCAGCAGGGGAAGAGCAUCGUCCUCCUCCUCGCCAAGCACGAGGCGCACCCCUACCUCCAGCUCUCCAACGUCAGGAUGGUCUUCGUCCCGCCGGCCACCGCCCUGGCCCAGCCCCUGGACCGCGGCAUCGCCAGCGACCUCAAGGGCCACUACCGGCGCCGGUUGCUGCGGCGGUUGCCGGCGGAGCACGGCACGGGGCAGCCGACCCUCCUGGAUGCCCUGCACAUGCUGGCGCAAGCCUGGGGUGACGUGCGCCCGGGGCUCAUCGCUAGCUGCUUCCGUGCCGCCGGCUUCAGCCCCGACGCCGGCGCCGAGGCCCCGACCCUCGCCCUGGCGCCCGGCCAGGAGCAGCCGGAGCACCGCACGCCGACGGACGAGGAGCUGGAGCGCGACGGGGAGCCGGCGGAGGCAGACGGGGACGAGGGGACGGUGGAGGGCGAGGACGUGCAGCCCUGCCCCUCGGAGCGGGAGGUCUGGGGGAGCCUGGCCACGCUGCGGCGGUACCUGGAGUGCCGGGCCACCUCGCCGGACCUCUUCCAGGCCUUCUACGAGCUGGAGGAUGUGGUGCACGUGGUGUCAGCCGGCGCCAGGCAAGCCCUCAUCAGCGACACCCCUCCCAAGCAGUGAGCGGAGUGGCCAGUACGUGCCCAAACCCGCUCGUGCCCGGGCUGGGGACCGGUGGUCAUCGGGGCCGUCACCGGACUGGCCCAGCCACCGUCCCCUGCGGCGCUGCCAGCUGAGUUGUGCCGUGGGAUUGCUGUGGGUCCGCGUGGCUCGGGGGCAAAGGGGUGCCCGGCGGGGAGCGCCGUGCGGGGGGGCUGCAGAGCCCCUACGCUCUGGGUGUCAUCCAUCGGGGCAGCGCCGGGGGCACGGACCUGCUGCCGAAACCUUCUCCCGGGGGGUGGCUUCUGCAGCCGGCGGGAGCUGGCGUGGAGCUGCCCCCAGGGGGGAAAUUGCCCUGAGUGGGGUUAUUGUGUUUGCUGGGGGUGGGGGAAGUGGGGUGUGCUGGCGUGUCCCCGUGCCGGGGGCAGUGGCUCCUUCCCGUGAGCGUUUGGGGGCACCGGGUGCCACCGGCUGCUGUCACCACGUGGCGCCUGGAGGUUUGCAGCAGGCAUUAAAAAGGCAGAAUUCA